CUCUCAUUCCGCAGAGAGCGAAACAAACAUGGCGACAGGAUGGAGUGGCAAAGGGUGUACGCUAACGUUAAUGCUGUUCUUUUGGAGUAAAAUCUGCGCGAAUAGAGCGGAACCCCUGGGGAGCGACAGCCGAAUCCUCGGCAUGCGGCUGGAGUGGAGCGACAAGCCCGCCACGACCACCGACAAUGGAAUCAUACAGGUAACCGAGGGGAGCAAAAUCAAGCUCAGGUUCUACGGACUGCAAAUCAGUAAUGACACCUGGGAGCAGAUUAAGUUCGUGGAGCAGGGCGAGGACAGCAGCUCUGACUUCAACAGGACUUGUGCUGACUUCACCAAAGACCUCUCCAUCCAGCCUAAAAUGGAGGUUAGCAGCCAGGGCACAUCUGGGGUGCUGGAGGUCAGUAUUAAACCACUUAGGAAAAGUGAGUCCCAGAGGGAUUACGGGCUGUGCAUCAGACACAGCCAAGAUGGGAAGUGGUACCUCCUGGGAGCACAUGAUGGAAAGUUGCAUGUGGUGGAGGAGAAGAAGUCUCUGCUUCCCAUUUGGUUCCAGGUGAUCUUGAUUUCCUGCCUCCUGGUGCUCUCAGGUAUGUUCAGUGGUCUAAACCUGGGGCUCAUGGCUUUGGACCCCAUGGAACUGCGAAUCGUCCAGAGCUGUGGCACGGAGAAAGAGAAGAAGUACGCACGCAAGAUUGAACCCAUCCGGAAGAAAGGAAACUAUCUGUUGUGCUCGCUUCUCCUCGGGAACGUGCUGGUCAACACCACACUGACCAUCCUGCUCGAUGAUCUUAUCGGCUCUGGUUUGGGUGCUGUGGUGGCAUCAACCAUCGGCAUCGUCAUCUUCGGCGAGAUCGUUCCUCAGGCGCUCUGCUCUCGCCACGGCUUGGCGGUGGGCGCCAACACCAUCCACCUCACCAAGUUCUUCAUGCUUCUGACCUUUCCGCUGUCGUUCCCCAUCAGCAAACUUCUAGAUUGCAUUCUGGGCCAGGAGAUCGGCACCGUGUACAACCGGGAGAAGCUGGUGGGGAUGCUGAAGGUGACUGCGCCAUACAACGACCUGGUGAAAGAGGAGAUGAACAUGAUCCAGGGUGCUCUGGAAUUGAGGACUAAGACAGUGGAGGACAUCAUGACUCCACUCAGCAACUGUUUUAUGAUCAACAGCGAUGCUGUGCUGGACUUCAACACUAUGUCAGAAAUCAUGGAGAGCGGAUACACGCGCAUUCCAGUUUAUGAGCACGAACAGACCAAUAUAGUGGACAUCCUCUUUGUGAAAGACCUGGCGUUUGUGGAUCCGGAUGACUGCACUACGUUGAAGACCAUCACUAAAUUCUACAACCAUCCGGUCCACUUUGUGUUUCACGACACUAAGUUGGAUUCCAUGCUGGAGGAGUUUAAGAAAGGUAAAUCACAUUUGGCGAUUGUUCAGAAAGUUAAUAAUGAGGGAGAGGGAGAUCCGUUCUAUGAGGUGCUGGGAUUGGUCACUCUGGAAGAUGUCAUAGAGGAGAUCAUCAAAUCAGAAAUCCUGGACGAGUCUGACCUCUACACUGAUAACCGUACCAGAAAGAAAGUGGCACACAAUAAGAACAAGCGAGACUUCUCUGCCUUCAAAUAUGAGAGCGAGUCGAAAGUCAAGAUCUCUCCUCAGCUGCUGCUCGCCGCUCACCGCUUCCUUGCAACAGAGGUUAAUUUGUUCAGUCCGUCUCAGAUCUCAGAGAAAAUCCUUCUGCGUAUCCUUAAACACCCUGAUGUGAUCCAGGAGAUCAAAUUCAAUGAGAGUGAUAAGAGAUCGGCGCACCACUACCUUUACCUGCGCGGCAAACCCGUGGACUUCUUCAUCCUCAUACUGCAGGGCCGUGUGGAGGUGGAGGCUGGGAAUGAGAAUAUGAAGUUUGAGACCGGACCUUUCUCUUUCUAUGGAGUCAGGGCUCUCGGCGGUUCAACACUAGAAUUCCGCUCGCCGUCUCACAUUCGCGGGCUCAACCGAUCAGCGUCUCUGAGCGACACUGAUCGUCCUGAACCUCAGUCCGUCAGCGGCAGCAACACGCAGCUCAGCAGUGCUCCCUUGCCACAGUACACGCCAGACUUCAACGUCCGAGCUCUGGCGGACCUACAGUUUGUGAAGAUCACACGCUCUCAGUAUCAAAACGGUCUGAUAGCGUCUCGGCUGGACAGCUCGCCACAGUCUCCAGACAGCGGACACGGCCGUGUAGAUAACAGCAUAUCAUCCGCUCCCCAUCCGUCUUCAGAAAACAUCAUCUCGCUUGGAGACGCCACCGAUGAGACGACCUCGCUCCUCAACGAACAGAACAGCCAGCCUGCGCGCCAAGCCAACCACAGCACACAUAACGACAGUGCCAUUUGACAAAGUUAAAAGUGCGGGUGUAUGAAAAGCAACAGUUUCCUGAGACAUCCAAUGAAAACAUUGUGUAACACAUUGUGCAAGAUGAAGACACAGAGAAGCCAAAGUGUAUCUGGACUGAGAAAGGCCCCUGUUUCAGACAGACACACUGGGGCGUUUUAUAGACUGUGUGAAUAGAGACAUUUAUAUAUACAAAGAUGUUUUUGUCAUUUUUCUAUUGAGGUUGAUCACAGACAUGUGAAGGAGGGAAACUGCGGAUGCCUUUUUAUUUUGUGUUAGUCCAUAGCUAAUUCAUAAUUGUACCAAAUUUUAUUUGUGUGUGUGUGUGAGUGAAGAUUGGAAUGAGUUUAUGAUAGAGAUAUACAUGCCGGUGUGUGUGUUUGUACAUAUGACAAUGCAUGAGUCCGAUUUGGCCGUUGCAGCCUAAGCAACAACUCAGGGAGACGCUGAGCUUCACAUACUAACUGCAUGUUCAGUAAUUCCCCGUUCAUUUACGUGAACCCAUGCGACAAGUGAUCAAAAAAAAAGUGAAGCAUGCUGUCGUAAAAUGCACCAAAUACUAAGAUACACAUGGCAUCCACUUGUCAUUUUUGUCACAUAAUUCUGCUGGUUGUCUGUGGCAGUGUUCAUGUGAUUUAGUGUUUGUGUAUGUGUAGAAUUGUCCUUUUAAAAUGAAUGCAUUGACUUUUUUUACUCCAAAGAGAACAAGCAUUUGUCGUUGUAGUACGACUGUAAACGGAGUCACUUUUCUGCACAAAAUGUUUGUGAUUAGAGCUCUUGAACUGUAUCUGUUGCUCCCAUUGGACCAGAGGUAAUCUAACCAAAAGAAUUUAACUCUUUCAAGCUGUAUUUAUUUAGCCUAAAAUUGAGGUUGUAUAUUUUUUAAAAAUGAUUUUAUUUCUUUGUUUUUGUGACUUAAAAUUGCUGUGCGUUUUCUAAGCAGGUUGACAUGGUACAGACUACAAAUUGUAGAUGCCUAAAGCUAGGAAAUGGCAGGUGACGUCAAUGUUUUUUGCCUUUUUUUCCCACUGUGUAUCUUUUGCUUUUAUACCAAAUAUGUUUGAAACUGAUAAGGACAAUCAAAGUGAAAAGUGUCUCAUAGACACAUUGAUAGGAAGAUAUCAUCACAUGCCUAGUCAAAUAUACACACAAAAGCCUCUUUUAUUCUGUAGCAUCUCUUGAAUAUUAUAAAAUGGGGAGCAAGAA